UGGCAGUUAAUGGGGCCAUUUUCUAAUGUUAAAUUUGGUUACCACGCAGAUGGUUGGUACAAAAAGGCCAUGGCCUUUCUCAAAUGACCGACCUUUGGGGCUCUAUUACCCUACUCCUUUUCCCGCUGACAUACAGAAGUCGUACCAGUCACCUUCAUGUGGCAAUGGCAGUGCAAUUAUGAUUGAUCCCGGCAAAACAAUCUCUAGGGAAGUGAACAGAAGCAGCCACUUUGGGCUGACCUCAGAAAAGGGCUUUACAGAAUGUGCUUCUUCUGAUGGUAAUUUCCUCACAUUAGGACCUCCUGGAAGUCCUUCCCCAACAAGACAGACAUCUAAACUGGAUUUCUCUGAAGUCAAUUUACUUCCAUUUCAGGGAUGCAUGGAGGGUCAUUACCAGAGGUCAACACCAGGUGGAUCAAUCCAUCAGAAACCCUUGUAUAGGUUCUCAACAGAGGGGCAUAUGGGCAGGGAAGAAACAGCCUUGAGCUUGAAUUAUCUGACAGAUGAUGCAGAAGAGGAUAAUAUUGAUCUCGACUUAAAGCUUUAAUUGGGUUGUUCCCAUUGAGACCAAAGACCACACAAUUCUCAUAGAAAGCUAAUUAAGAGAGUUUUUCUUUACUUUUCUUUUCUUUUUUUUCUCUCUUUUAAAUGUACUAAAUGCCUGUGACUG